GCCAACCAGCUCAAGCUGUUGGCAGCUACACAGCUAUUUGUGGCACGUCAAUGUCCGUGAAUUUCACACGUCCAUGAAGAUCCUGAGUUUCGCGCAAGUCCUUGGGACCUUUGGGGCUCUGAACUCUCACUUCCAGGCAUCCCUUCAAACAAGCAUCGAUGCUCGUGGCACCGUUCGAGAUCUUUCUCGUGUCAUGCGCAGAGAGGCAUAUGCGAGUGAUAUGAUAGCAGAGCGUCGUGAUGGUCGUGGGGAUGUUCUGCUUGAAGAUCAACAUCUGAAAGAUUCGGCUCUCGCAGAUGCCCACUCUAGAGGUGGUGAAGGCAGAGCUAUCAAUGCCACCUUCCAAUUCUACAGGUUCUCCUUGCAAGCCACACGAUCGAAGGGUGAUGCUGGAGAAAUCUCGGAGCUGUCUUUCUUUGAUCCGCGACAUCAACCUAUAGAUUUCUCAGGUGAGAGUCAAAACCUCCUCAGCAUUGUGGCGAAAGAUGAGACAAAUAAUGAACUCACCAGUUGGAAUGUUAGUGUGGUGGUGGACGGGAAUCCCAAGACGAAGCUGACGCUGCACCCAAACUAUGCGCUUGAACUACGAGUUCAGUAUGGCGUGGUCGUGGGCAGCAUGGGCUUCGUGACCUCUUUAGAUUCACCAGACAACGAUCCUGCGUCCUUCAGGUUUGCUGGGAGACACUCCGCGACUGGAAACUGGCAGACCUUGGUGAAACAUGAUGGCUUCGAAGCUCCGCGGGACCGUGGAGUGCUGGUGGGUCCAUUUAUGUGCACUUCCAUGGGGGAUGCCGUGACCAACCCGAAACUGGAUGGUUUGCCCAAAGACCGGAAAAUCGAUGGAUGGGCAGAGACCUCCACCACCGCCACCGAGGGCACCGUCUUUCCCAAGACGGUCCCAAGCACGGAGGCUCCGACCUCAACCACCCCGAGAACGACGUCACCGAGGACGCCGACGACAUCCGCGACUCGAAGGUCAUCGACCAGACAUCCGAGCACCGUUGAAGUGUCCACCACCAAGCCUCCUUCGAGGACCUCAUUUGUGACAGACACCACAACCGGAAGUCAUGUGACAACAGCGGCAAGCACCUUGCCCACAACGACACCCAUGCGGACCACAAGCAUCCCUCCCACCACUGCCACCACUGCCACUACAACAGUGAGGACCCCUGAAUCGGUGGGAAGAGAGGCUGCUCAGAAAGCCAAAGCACUGGGUAAAUCGCAGGAAGCUCAAGCUCAGGAAGCUGCAAAGGCAGCGGUGGUUUUUGCCAAAGAACAGCAGUUCACGCCUUUAGAACAGCAGGAGGUGGCUGGAAAAGCAGCAGCUGAAGCGGUUGCUGCUGCUGGUGGUGACAUGAAGCAACAAGCAGCUGCUGCUGGCCUUGCAACCGCCGUGGUCGCCAGUGAAGAAGGGCAAAGUGUGGAGCAGCAGGCAAGCGCGGCUGGCCAGGCUGCUGCAGACGCAGCCAAACGGGCUGGGGCCUCUGUGGCUCAGCAAGCCGCAGCUGCGGGAGAAGCUGCCGCAUUUGUUGGAAGGAGCAACAAUGAAGGUGGAGAGAAAGUGGGGGAAUUGGCUGGACAAGCGGCUGCAGAAGUUGCAAAACUAGCUGGGCUCUCCGCGGAACAACAAAGUGAAGCUGCCGGGAAAGCAACAGCCAUGGCUGGCAAGGCGGAUGGUGCAACCCCGGUGGAUGUUGGCCUUGAUGCAGGAGAAGUUGCGGCAAAGGCAGCACAGGCAAAAGGCGCAAGUGCAGAAGAGCAAAUCAAAGUUGCAGGAGAGGCCGCAGCAGAUGCUGCUAAAACCGCAGGAGGAACAAUACUUGAGCAGGCUGCUAGCGCAGGGCAAGCUGCAGCAGCGGCAGCAAAAGAAGCCAGCCAAAUUCCUGAACAACAAGCUGCUGCUGCUGGCAAAGCAGCUGCCGAUGCAGCCAAAGCAGCAGGAGCUGCUGGUGAGGAGCAGGCAACAAUGGCUGGAAGUGCAGCCCUUAAUGCCUCGAUUGCUGCAGGUCUUAAAUUGGAGUCACAAAUUUCGGCAGCAGGAUCCGCCGCCGAAAAAGCUGCCAUAGCUGCGGGCUUGACUCCUCAACAACAAGCUGCAGCCAAAGCUGCGGCAGUAGCUGCUGCAAGCCCCACUACAACAAACAUGCCUCCACCUUUCACGACCCUCAACCCAGCAACUACUGGACCACCUUCCAGCACUGAAGCACCAGCAGACCCUCUUGAUGUUGGCAAACAAGCUGGGGAUGUUGCCAGAACACUUGGCAAGACAACUGAGGAGCAAGCAGCUGCAGCAGGAAAAGCUGCGGCGGAGGCUGCAAAACGGCAAGAACUUGCUCCCACAGACAUAGCUGGUAUUGCUGGCAAAGCAGCAGCUGCUGCAGCUGCAGCUGGAGGAGCUUCUGCGUCGGAACAGGCAGAAGCAGCAGGGCUGGCCACUGCACGGGUUGCCAGUGAGGACGGACAGACUGUAGAGCAGCAAGCAGCAGCUGCUGGCCAGGCUGCAGCAGAAGCAGCAAAAGCAAGUGGGGCCUCUGCACUCAAGCAAGCAGCAGCAGCAGGUGCAGCAGCUGCAGCUGUUGCCAGGAGCAAUGGCCAAAGCGGAGAGAAAGUGGGGGAAUUAGCUGGGGAAGCCGCUGCAGAUGCAGCGAAGUUGGCUGGCCUUUCUGACGAGGAUCAAAGCAAAGCUGCUGGGGAAGCAACGGCCAUGGCUGGCAAGGCGGAUGGUGCAACCCCGGUGGAUGUUGGCCUUGAUGCAGGAGAAGUUGCGGCAAAGGCAGCACAGGCAAAAGGCGCAAGUGCAGAAGAGCAAAUCAAAGUUGCAGGAGAGGCCGCAGCAGAUGCUGCUAAAACCGCAGGAGGAACAAUACUUGAGCAGGCUGCUAGCGCAGGGCAAGCUGCAGCAGCGGCAGCAAAAGAAGCCAGCCAAAUUCCUGAACAACAAGCUGCUGCUGCUGGCAAAGCAGCUGCCAAUGCAGCCAAAGCAGCAGGAGCUGCCGGUGAGGAGCAGGCAGCACUGGCUGGAAAGGCAGCUUUCAAAGCCGCCCUUGCUGCCGGUUUGGAGUCACAGGCGCAAAUGUCUGCUGCAGGAUCCGCCGCAGAGAAAGCUGCAAUAGCUGCAGGCUUGAAUACUGACAAACAAGCUGCAGCUAAAGCUGCGGCAAUCAUUGCUGCAAGCCCGUCCACAACCAAGAAGCCCGCAGUGGGUACCACCAUUCCAGAAGAAGAAUCGACAACAACAACCACUACAGGUCCUUCACCAGAAGAGGCUGGAACGAAAGCGGCUGCUCUUGCCAAGGCGGCUGGCAAGGACCUCACAGAUCAAGCAGCAGCGGCUGGAGCAGCGGCAGCCAACGCAUCAAAGGAGCGGCAGGAAACUCCAAUAGAACAAGCUGAGGCGGCAGGAACUGCUGCCGCUCAAGCCAUUGCUGCUGGAGGAGGCAAUGCCGCUGAGCAGGCCAAAGCUGCGGGUGCUGCUACUGCCAAUGUUGCUCUGGCGGAUGGCCAAACAGUGGAGCAGCAGGCCAUGGCUGCUGGUCAAGCCGCAGCCAAAGCCGCCAAGUCUGCAGGGGCUUCACCUGCAGCUCAGGCGGCAGCGGCAGGAGCAGCGGCUUCAGCAGCAGUCCAACUCAACAAUGAAGGACUUGAAAAACAAGUAGAACUCGCAGGUGAGGCUGCUGCGGAGGCAGCAAAAAGCCUGGGCAUGUCUGCAGAAAAACAAGCUGAAGCAGCUGGCAAUGCAUCUGCUGUGGUGGCCAAGUCAAAUGGAGGAGACCCCAAAGAAGUAGGACUGGAUGCAGGUGAAGUUGCAGCUAAGGAGUCACAAGAAGCGGGAGAAUCUCCCUCUGAACAAAUUGAAGCUGCUUCAGAAGCAGCUGCCACUGCUGCAAGAGAGGCAGGUGGCACAGUCUUUGAGCAAGCCGCAAGUGCCGGAGGGGCAGCAGCUGCAGCGGCCAAAGAAGCGAGCCAAAUCCCACAGCAACAAGCUGCAGCAGCUGGAAAAGCAGCUGCUGCUGCAGCCAGGGCGGCAGGAGCGUCAAUUGCAGAUCAAGGCUUCAUGGCUGGUCUAUCUGCCUUGAAUGCCUCUGUUGUAGCUGGCAUGUCAGAGAAGGAGCAGCUGCGGGCAGCAGGUGCAGCCGCCUCUCUGGCAAUACGAGUAGCAGGUGGUGACAGGGAGGAGGAGAUCAAAGCCAACAUCUCGGCCUCUGCCGUCGCUGCUGCGAAGAUUCGCGAAAGCAAUGGUGGCUCCUUAGCCCAGCAAGCUGCAGCUGCUGGUAGAGCAGCAGCCUCAGUGGCCAAGGAGCUUGGUGAGGACAUCCCCGAGCAGGUGGAGAAUGCCGCGAAAGCCGCAGAGGCCAUCGCCAAAGCCGCUGGUGCAGGUGCUGAUGAACUUGCAGCUUUUGCCGGCAAGGCAGCCCAGAACGCCUCGGGCGAAGCCGGGCAAAAUGCCACGCAACAAAUCAAGGCGGCCACUUCGGCGGCAGGAAAGGCCGCCAAAGCUGCCAACGGUACUGUGAAUGACAUCAAAGAGGCGGAAGAAGCGGCUGCUGCCGCUGCAAAAGUUGAUGCCUUGUCCGCUGCGCACAGGAAGAACAGCUCCAACGUUUCGAAAGAGAUCGAGUCCAAUAAGACCACGGCGACUACAACUGAGGCUUCAGGAGCUGGCAAUCGCACAACUACACAGUCGAAGACAACGACGCCUAAGCCGAAGUCAACCACUUCAAAGGCGAAAACAACGACGAAGCCGAAGACCACGACGAAGCAGACCACCACGACUAGCAGUACCAAGAAGACCACGACGAAGGAAUGAAGACGGAUCUGCGAGUGAUGAUUUUGCGAAGUCGACCAUGCGCAACGCAAGCAAAAUGUGCGUCCCUGCUUUGGGUUCACAAACUAUUUUCCGCAGAAGAUUGCCCGAAGGAGCAACAUGUCAAAGGACCUGG